CUGAGCUCCAGUUUUGUCGUCACUCUAUCCCCAACUUCCAUGUUUAUUGCCUGCCAACUCCUGUGCAACUUCACAACGAUAUAUCCUCGAGCGCAUUUGAGACUUUCCGUCGAAUUACACACAUAAACGAAGCCAGUUAAUUCAUUUCAUACCAGCAAUUCUUUCAAUAUGUCGUGGGCGGGGUUUAAGAAGAAUGUGAAUCGCGCGACGACGCAGGUGAUGAUGAAGACGGGGCAUGUGGAAAAGACGAAUGACCGUGACUACGAAGUCGAAGAGAGACGAUUCAAGACAAUGGAAGCUGCUGCUUUGCGACUACAAAAGGAAUCAAAGGGAUAUCUCGACUCCCUGAGAGCCAUGACCGCUUCACAAAUGCGAAUCGCCGAGACGAUAGAUGCGUUCUACGGCGACUCAGGCGCGAAAGACGGUGUCAGCAGAAGUUACAAGCAGGCCGUCGAAGAUCUAGACGCCGAAACCAUCAAAGCUCUCGAUGGCCCCUACCGAACAACUGUUCUCGACCCCAUCACACGGUUCUGCGCCUACUUCCCCGACGUCAACGAGGCGAUUAAGAAGCGCGCUCACAAACUGCUUGAUUACGAUGCCCUCCGCGCAAAGGUGAAGCGCCUCGCCGAGAAGCCCGACAAGGACGCCACGAAGCUUCCUCGGACCGAAAAGGAGAUGGAGAUGGCCAAGGCUGCUUACGAGCAGCUGAACGAGCAACUCAGCACCGAGCUACCCCAGCUUAUCGAUCUCCGAGUGCCGUACCUCGACCCCACUUUCGAAGCUCUGGUCAAGAUUCAGCUACGUUUCUGUGCAGAGGCGUAUUCGCGCAUGGCGCAAGUACAGCAGUAUCUGGAUGCUGACACUAGAGAUCAGUAUGCUGAGGGACAACUGGACGCCAGAGUGGAGCAGGUAUUGCAGGAGAUUCGGGAGUUGAGCAUCAGUGGCACGGUCUAGGCUUCGGGUUGGCUUCUACGACUUAUCAGGUUGGGGGGACGGCGUAUAGGUGCUUUCUGCUUGUAGAUACUUGCUAACGUCAUGAAUAUCAUGCACAAAUAGACAUAGUCCAUUGUGGGCUUUAUGGAAACGU